GUCAGUACAAAGCAAAAUUCGGAGCAGUAGACGAGCUACACACACAUAUAAAUAAUGUAAUAUAGAAAAAUAAAUGUUUAUUGUUGGAAAAAAAAAAUUAUAAAAAAUUACAAAUAAAAUAAGAAUUUCAAAAAAUAGAGAAACAUGUGCAAAGUGCUUUCGAAACGCAACUAAUUAUUGACAGUGUGAUGCAAGAGUGUUACUGAAAAAGUCGCAAUUAAUUAACUACGUACAUAUGUAUGUAUAUAUAUUUUAAGCGCGAGCUUUGCAUGAUUUUUUAAAUGAAAUUUCAAAAUUUUGCAUCGCAUGUUUUUGGGUGAAAUUGUUUUUCGAAUUUGUGUGGAAAACAGCAAUUAACGCCACAAAUCCGCUGUUUCGUUUGUAUACAGUGGUUACAUAAAUUUUUCAGCUGUUCAAGCGUGUUCCACCAUUUCCAUUUUCAACAUUUUCGACAUUUUCGAUUUUCAUGCGACGUUAAGUGACGCAGUAACGUUUGAACUUCUGUCGCUUGCUGUUCAGCCCUCGUCGCUGCCGCUCUUAUCGCUGACGUCGACGUGGUCGUGCUGUCAAUUUUCCACCAAAAAAAGUUUACUUAGACACUAAAUUUUUUCCAUGUGUGUGUGCAAAAAACUCGCCUGAACUUGCGAGUGUCUAUGAUAAAAUUUAUAUUAAUGGUUGAAACGUGCUACUGUUGUUGUAGUUAUUGUAAGUUUUACUUAGAAAUUUAGAACAAUAACAUAACAAACCCUGAAAAAAAUAGUGCGAGUCCACAUUAAAAUAGUAAAGAGAAUUCUUACUGAAGUUUUAGAAAGUUAUACAUGUUCACUCCACAUAACGGUGUAUGACAAAAACGUUCAGAAAUGCAGUAAUCGAAAUCGUGUGAAAUUUGUUGCGGUAACUGUUUUAAAAAAUUACCGUUAGAAAUAGUACUUUGUACAGAGACUUUGCGCAAAAGUAAAAGAAAAAUACAAAAAUACAAAAAUUAAAUAAACAAAAAUUAUGUGUCAAUUAUUGUGAAAUUAAUAAUGUGAAAAUAAUAUCGGAAAAAAAAUUUUUGAAUAAAAUAUUUUCAUAAAUAAAUUAAGCAAAAUUGUUGCUAACAGCCAUAAAUGUGUUUGUAGUGCAAAGAAAUUGUUAGGUGCAACAAUUUGAGAAAUAACAACCGUUAUUUUACAACCAAAAAUUAUAUUUUCGUGACUAAACAACUGUAGAAACAACACUUCUGUCUAAACAAUAAUGUGAUUUGUUUUAGAAAUGCAAAAAAAAAUAGAAAAUAUUUAAAUACCACAAAUAAAUCGCAGUAGAGACCGCCACAGAUGCUUGAAUGUGCAACCACUUUUAUUUGCUACGACUUUUUACUGCUUCAACAUGACCUAAAAUUUGAUAAAAUAUGCGUGCAAAUUGAGUUUUCAUUAUGAACUUUAUGCUACACAAAUAAAUAAUCGACAAAUAAACGCAAAUACCGUUAUUUACGCAUUGCAUUUUGCGUAUUUCGCAUUCAAUACAAAUAAUCAACUAGAAGUUAAUUUAACACUCAACCGAAAUAAUAAAUAAACAUACCCUGUAAUAAUUGAUUUCUUCUAAAAAUUUAACGAAUUUCCUCAAAUCACCAAAAAAUUAUCACUUACACACACGAACUACCAACAACGACCACAAAAUGUCCCGUGAAAACUCGCCACGCCACAGCAUACGGCGGCGUCAUAAUCAACAUCUGCAACAACAACAGCAACAGCAGCAGCAACUGCCACAUAGUUUACAGCAAAUAGCAACCACACAGCAGCAGCCGCCCAUAAUGGAGCAUGUGGAGCAACAACAACAAGUGGCGCAUGCCGUUAGCGCUGCUGGCGCGGGCGCAGCGGUCAGUGGCAGCGGUGGCGGUGCUGGCGGCGCCGCACCCAUGUCCAGCUCCACCUCGAACAUCAGCACCGCCAUCGAUGAGGGCAAUGGCAACGGUGAGCAUGCCACGUUGCCGCCACUCACCGGACCCGGCCCGAGUAGGCAGCGCUCGCUGCGCGACCGCCUCAAAGACGGCAUCACUGGCAGCUUCUCAUGGCAGAGCAAAUCACGUAGCGUUGAUCACGGCCUUGCUGCGCCGUUCGAUUUGGACUCACUGCGCUCGAAGGUGGAGGGACGCUUUGAGAGCGUUGAUCGAUUGACAAAUGAACGCAAAAAGUCUUCGCUGCCCACCAUACCGACCAAAUCGUAUACGGUGGGUAAUCGUGAUACCUUGACCUCGGUGGCCGCACGUUUCGAUACAACACCCUCAGAGUUGACACAUCUCAACCGUUUGAACAGUUCAUUCAUCUAUCCGGGCCAACAGUUGCUGGUGCCGGAUAAGAGUGCGGCCAAGAAUGAUUCGGUCAGUGGCAGUGCGACUGGCAUCGAUGAGAAGGGCUCCGACGCCAGCAUAUCGGGCAAAUCGAGCCCCAUUGAUCGCAAACUAUCAACCACCGAUGAGCAGAAUGAUGAAAAUGAUAUACUAGAAGGUCUCCGCCCUGGUUCACCUAAGCCGGGUCAUAUAGAACGCGUGGAUUCUGCAAAGAGCACCGACAAUGCACAAGCCGAAGCAAAUAAGAGUGACGAUCCCGUCAUCACACAACGUUUCCUCAAAAUCAAUGUACGCCAUAUCACCGAUGGACAAGGUGUCGUGGGCGGUGUCCUUUUGGUCACACCCAACGCCGUUAUGUUCGAUCCGAACGUCUCCGAUCCGUUAGUUAUUGAACAUGGACCCGAGAGCUACGGUGUAAUUGCACCCAUGGAAUUGGUCGUGAAUGCGGCCAUCUUUCACGAUAUAGCGCAUAUGCGUGUGUCGGGCGGUGUAAAUACCGAACAAAAUGAAAAUGCCGAAAUCUACUAUCCACAAGCAGUAUUAGAAGCGAAACAGGCUAAAGAGGCCAAAGAGCGGGGCGACGAAAGUGUUGACGGUGCGCGCAAGCAAAGCGCUACAGGUGGUUCCAUGGAGACAUGUGACGAUCAGGAGUCGCUAUGCUCCAACACGGGCGAACGUGAGCAAAAAGACGCAGAGAAGGGUGUAGAAGCCAAAGAAGAAAGUGCUAAGACUGAUGAUGAGGUCAACACGAAAGCCAACAAAACCGAAGACGAUGCUGAUGCUAAUGAUUUGAAGAAAACACUUAACCUCACCGAUACACGCACCACACUGGAGGAACGACGCAAAAGUCUAUUGGAUCACCAUUGGGCCAUACCGAGCAAAGAUCGCCUCUAUUAUCUUAAUUCCCGAAGAUCAUCGGAAGACGAAGGCGACAACGAAUCGCAAACGACCAUUGAUAGCGGUGCCCGUGGGCAGGAUCCACAUUCGGCCACCUCCUCCAUCAGCGGCAUCGGUGCGGCUAGUGGCGCUUUACAUUUGCCUGGCGGUCUGGCGCCGGCCGAUCUCGAACAUCUGGAGGAGCUAGCUAAGCAAUCGUGCUAUGACUCGGGCAUCGAUAUACGUGAACCCAUAGCAAAUUUGCAGCCCAUACCAAAGAAGACCGUUUACAGUGAUGCCGAUAUUGUGCUGAGCUCCGAUUGGGUGCCACCGAAGACCAUCUCGCCGACACUGAUGAGCGAAUCGCCGCCGCGCAGCUCUGUGCUGAGCGCACAAAGCCUUGACGCGGGCACGGCUGGCGGGCGCAAGAAGACCACUAGCGUCAGCUUCAGCGUGGACGAUAACAAUAGCGAGCAACAGGCUGCGGCGGCGGUGGCGGCAUCGGCGGCAGCGGCAGCCGCACAGGGUGACAAGAAUACUGAGAAGAAGAAUAAAAUGUUGAAACGCUUAUCAUAUCCUUUGGCUUGGGUGGAAGGCCUAACUGGCGAAGCAGGCGGCCCUCCGGGCACUGGUGGCAGCCUCGGCAAGUCGGCGGACUCUGAGUCGGCGCCCAACACGGGCGAUUCGAAUCAGAGCGUAUUUUCGAAAGUAUUUUCAAGUUCACCCAUUACUUUGGUCUCAGAGUUGGGUGGCAAUUUAUUUUCAAAAACACCGUCCGAAGACUCUGGUGGCUCACCAGUGCCACCAUUGACUCCACAUUCAACUCAUUCCGAGGGUCAUAUUUCCACUGGACGCUCAUCGAUUGGCACAUUUAUGCGUCCACAAUCGUCGGAGGGCACUGCUUCCACAACGAAAUUGAAGGACGUGAAACAGCAACCGAAAUUGGACUACCGUUCGAUGGUAUCAGUUGAUGACAAACCGGAAUUGUUCAUUAGCGUUGACAAAUUGAUACCACGACCGGCACGCGCCUGUCCGGACCCACCAUUGUACUUACGCCUGCGCAUGGGCAAGCCCAUUGGCAAGGCAAUACCGCUACCGACUUCAGUUAUGUCUUAUGGCAAAAAUAAAUUGAGACCUGAAUACUGGUUUAGUGUACCUAAAAAUCGCGUUGAUGAAUUGUAUCGCUUCAUAAACACCUGGGUGCAGCACCUGUACGGUGAAUUGAAUGAGGAGCAAAUCAAAGCGCGUGGCUUCGAACUCAUCCAAGAUGAUACCGAGUGGACGAAGAGCGGCAGCGGCAAGAGCGGACGCAGCGGCAGCCAAGAGAACGAGGAGAUUAGUGACUUGACACGCGAGUCGUGGGAGCUUAUAAAGGCGCCCUUCGCCAAGACCUACAGCAUUAUAAAAACGGCAAAGCAUGCCGCAUCGCAUGAAAUGGAUUUGUUGAGCGGCGAGGUGUUGUCUAUGAGCACAGAUGACUAUCGCAAGGCUUCAUUAUUUGCAACCGGUUCCUUUGACUUGGACUUCCCCAUACCAGAUUUAAUUGGCACAACAGAAAUUCUCACAGAAGAGCAUCGUGAAAAACUUUGUGGACACCUACCCGCACGCGCCGAAGGCUAUUCGUGGUCAUUGAUAUUCAGCACCUCCCAGCAUGGCUUCUCGCUGAAUUCGCUCUACCGAAAGAUGCAGAAACUCGAAAGUCCCAUACUAAUUGUCAUACAAGAUACAGAUAAUAAUGUCUUUGGCGCUUUAACGUCCUGCUCCCUGCACGUGUCCGAUCACUUCUACGGCACCGGCGAAUCGCUGUUAUACAAAUUUAAUCCCAGCUUUAAAGUGUUCCAUUGGACCGGCGAGAAUUUAUAUUUCAUUAAGGGCAAUAUGGAGAGCUUGUCGAUCGGUGCUGGAGACGGUCGCUUUGGUCUAUGGCUAGACGGUGACCUCAACCAAGGGCGAUCACAAUCCUGCAGCACAUACGGCAAUGAGCCACUAGCACCGCAAGAAGACUUCGUUAUCAAAACACUCGAAUGCUGGGCAUUUGUUUAAGAUUUUUUAGUGAAAGCAAACAGAAAAUUAUUACGAAAGCUAAACUAUUUUAUAAUUAGUGGAGAAAAGAAAACUAUCAAAGAAAACAAGAGAGCAAACAUAUUUAACUUUGUGUAACAACCAAUUUAGGAAAAACAACAACUGCAAGCGAAGCGAGACUUCUCAAAGCCCCAUAAAGUUGAAGUGUUUCAAAAACAACAACAAGAAAGUGGUGGCGCGACCAGCGCCAACCUGUGGUACGCUGCGGCGAAAGCAGAAACAACACGUCUGCAACAACAAAAGCUAAAGCAAAAGCAAAAGCAAAAGAAAUUUAUAAUUAAAACUAUUAAAUUAAGUUAAUCAUAUUAUAAUAAUUAAACAUUAAGCGCUAUUAAGCAAAUCAUUUAGAACGAAAGGCAAGAAUUGUUAUUAUUAUUUUUAUACAUACGGCUGACGCAUAUUCAUGCGCGCGCAGCACAUUUUGAAAACACACAUGCAACUUGGCGUCAAAUGUCAGCCUUAAAAGUGUCAUUUGAGGAAAAAAACACAACACAAAAAACAGCUAAAGCGCCAGAGUAGUGAAGAAAGCAUAUAAACUAAACACACAUACACAUUUACAUACAUACAACCAUAAGCGCUAAGCAUAAUUUUGUGCAAAUGCUCUACAUACACACUCACACAAAUGCUGUGUCAUUGCUUUAUUUAAGUUAUUAUGUAUUAAUGCUACAACAAAAAUGUAAAAGUCGACUUUUCGAAAGACACUUUAAGUUGCAGUAUUUCGUGAGAAAGCCUCCUGAAAGUAACUAAACUGUUUGGCAAAGCGAGUCGGAAGCUAUUUCGCUGGCACAGCAUGUGGUUUAGCGCUACUUUCGGGAGGCAGCAGCUCGUAGUGCAAUUAUUCAUUAGAAAAGUACGGCUAUUUAAUUAAAAAAUGUAUUUAAACGUAAUAUUGUUGCAUACUUUGUAGCGCAGUAGAUUUUGUAGAAUUGUGCGUUCAAAAAUUAUAAUUGAAAAGUAGUAACUUUGUGGAAUAAAAGUGUGAAAAGCGCCUAUAAAAAAUGGCUUAUAACGAAACAAAAACAACUUCUUCUCUUAUUUUAUAUUAGCAUAAUGAUUGAGUAAAUUGAGUAAAAAAAUUGUUGGGUUUUGAAAGGUAUAUAUGUAUAUAACAUAAAAUGUUACAGUUAGUAUGCGCAGUAAAAAGUACCGUAAAAAAUCAGUAAUAUGCAUAUACUAAUUUUAAAGAAAUAUAUGUAUUGAUUAUGGUUAAAAAAAAUUAAUUAUCGUAACGUAACGUAACUUAAUGUGACAUAAUAACGUAACGUAAACAAAAUUUAUCGUAACGUAACGCAACUUAAUGUGACAUAAUAUAAUGUAACCUGACUUGGCGUAACGUAACGUAACUUAAAUAAUUUAGCAAUUGUAAAAAUUUAAAAUUAUAAAUUUAUUUAAAAAUGCUUACAUAUAGACAUAUGUGUAGCAUUUACACCAACGCCUGUCAUGCUGUUGCUUUCGGGCCACAGGCCCUAUGCUACAAAUAUACACACCUACAAGAUACUUAUCGCCACCAACCACACCACUUCUGUAGCGCUUUGAGAAGCAAGCACUUGCUUAAUGCUUUGAUUUUUGUUGACAAUUUAAGAAUUUCAUAAAUUUAAUUUUAAAUGUUGUAAUAACAAAAAAGAUUUAAUUAAACAAAAAACGAAAAAUAUAUAUACACACACAUAAAUAUUGUGAGCUAGCUAGCUGUUAAAAAACGCAUUGAUUGCGUCAUAAUUACACUUAAGUUUUUAAUAGAAUGAGUAAUUUACACUUAAUUAAAUAAUUAAACUAAUUCUUAUUAUUAUGACCAUAACUGUAGCGUUUAUUUCAUUGUUAUUAACGUGCAACUAUAGAGCAUUGAAGUCGCGUAUUUUUGUUUGUUUAUUUUUUAAUUCAGAAAAUUAAUUUAUAUUGUUUUAAAAGGAUAGUAAUUUUCAUGCAUAAUGGUCCUAAAGUAAUUGAAAAUAUUCAAUUUAAUAAUUAUGAAAAUUUUAAUAUAAUUAUACAAAAAGAAGCGUUGAAAACAAACAAAUAAAACGCUAAACGCAAAUCAAGAGUUCAUAUGUACAUACAUACAUAUAUAAAUAUAUGGCAAUUAUUAUGUGAACGAGCAUAAAGGAAAUUUUCAAAAAUACAUUAUUUACAAACAAAAACAAUUACAAACAAAUAAACACAAUAUCUUUCA